AGCUUAUUACGAAAUACAGCAUUGGUUUGUAUUUACAAAUACAUAACCUCAUUUUUCAUUUAAAAAGGAAAAAGAUCCUGUUUUCGAAAUAUAUUACAUACAUUAUAAGUUAUAAUGGAAACAGUUACAGACAAAACAAAUAUUUCUUGUAAAUUAGGUAUUCUCAGUCGUCCAGAUGGUUCAGCUAUACUUAGCGAAGGUAAUACAACUGUGAUAGCCGGCAUAUAUGGACCUGUAGAAGUAAAACUGCAGAAAUUAUUAAUUGAUAAGGCUUCGGUGGAAUGCCAUUAUCGACCAAAAAGUGGUUUACCAGGAGUUGAAGAUAGACUAUACGAAUCAAUUAUUCGAAAUAUAUGCGAAACAUCUUUCUAUGCUUCAUUACAUCCUCGAACGGCUAUUUUAGUGACUAUACAAGAACUACAAAAUAGCGGUCAGUUAAUAUCUUGUGCAAUUAACGCGGCUUGCCUAGCAUGUCUGAAUGCCGGUAUCGAUAUGAAAUUCAUGUUCUCAGCAGUGACUUGCUACAUGAAUUUCGAAGACGAUCUUUAUUUACAUUGCGCAUCAGGAAAGGAAACCAAAGCGAUGUUUGUAUUCGUUUUCGAUUCUACUGAAAAAAGGAUUAUAGCUUCGCAUACUAAAGGAAGUUUUACAAAAGAGCAGUUUGAAGAAGCUGUAGAGUUAAGUAAGGAGGGAUGCGAGGAUAGGUUUACUUAUUAUAAGAAAGUUUUGGAGAGUUAAAUAAAAGUUUUGUUUGGUAUGGAAAAUAUGAAUCGUUUUAUUUUAUAUUAUCUUCCAGGAAACAUUAAAGUGCUAGUUGUAUCCUUACAAUGUACUCUUGAUAGAAAUAACUUAGAACUUAAAUAAAUACAAAGAAUAUAGAAAAACACUUUCUAAUCUAAUCAAAAAAGCUAAAUAUACC